CUCUCGCUGACUUGCCGGUGGUGGACGACGGGCAGACGAUGUGUUGAGCCGGACCAGGUGACCCCCCCCCUCCCUCGCCCUGCUCUUUUUUUUUGUUUUAGGAGGGUUUAAAGCACUUUUUUGGGAGGUUUCAUUUGGAAAGCGCUCGUCGGAAUGAUGCGCUUCCUGCUGCUCUUCAGUCGCCAGGGGAAGCUGCGUCUGCAGAAGUGGUUCACGCCCAUUUCAGAGCGGGAGAAGAAGAAGAUCAUCAGGGACAUGACCAGCAUGGUGUUGGCACGGCAACCGCGCUCCUGCAACUUCCUGCACUGGAAAGACCUUAAGAUCAUUUACAAGAGGUAUGCCAGCUUGUAUUUCUGCUUGGCCGUAGACAACCAGGAGAACGAGCUGCUGGCCCUGGAGGUUAUUCAUCGCUAUGUAGAGCUGCUGGACAAAUACUUUGGCAAUGUGUGUGAGCUGGACAUAAUCUUUAACUUUGAGAAGGCCUAUUUCAUCCUGGACGAGUUUCUGAUCGGAGGGGAGAUACAAGAGACCUCCAAGCAGGUUGUGAAUCGCUGUAUUGAAUCCUCAGACAUGUUACAGGAGGAUGACAGCAGUGAAUGGUAUGAGGUGGAGCUGUUUGGAUGACCUUGAAUAUGGACAGCAAGACAAUGGAGGAGUAUAUGAGCAAACCUGCAUUUUAACCCAUGGAAAAAAAAGGUCAUUAAUGGGGAGGAAUACCGCAACCAAAUAUACUGUUUAUAGGUCAAAGAAGUUUCUGAAAAUGGGAAUGGGAUUAACUUUGAUUCUACUUUUCAAAAAGGAAAAAUGGGUGCGUUGAAUGUCUACUCACCUUCUGCAAUAUAACUUCAGUUGAGAGUAAGUCUAAUGUUUGUCCUACUCUCAAGUGGAGGAGGAAGGUUUUCACAUUGUUUGUCAUUAUUAAAAAGUAAAUUAAGAAUUAAUACAGGACGGGGAUAUGAAAAUCAUCCCAGUUUAUUGAUUUUAGAUUAACAGAUUUUGUUGGUAUAAAUAUGUUGGAAGUGAGUGAUUUUGCUCCAAAAACACUGCGCGGACUGAUUUUAUAUAAACGAAAAAAAGAUACUUUGCAACUCCAGUUAAUAUAUUAAAAAAUAAUUUCUAUCUGAAAAACAACAGAUUACUGUGUAGUUAAAAUUAAAGAUUUUAUCACCAUAUAACAUUUGGAAGGAGGCAAAUUUUAAUAUUGUUUUUAUUCUGUAUGAAAUAUUACUAAUGUGUGGGAUCAUAGUGUGGGUGUGAAUAUCUCUGUUUUUCAUAAUGUGAAAUUUAUGAUGUCUUAUGAUUAAAUAUGUAUUUUGAUAAACAGUC